AUGUCCUUCAAUGAAAGGACACAUCAGUUCACUCACUCGAACUCCCAACGGAGAGCUUCGGUGGUCUAUGGUUCAAUAGGUAAGGGUGGCUUAUUCACUCCUUCUGAUUUUAUCAGGCCACAUGGUGACAAUGCUGGUAUUAGUUUUGAUGACGACCAAGGGGUUGCACCACAUACACCCGAUGAAAGCAGUCAGUUGUUGGAUCGUCCUGCUGUACUUAGCAGCAGAAAAAAUCGUCGUCAGUCAAGUGUGACUCGAGAAAUUGUAGAACAAGAGAGGCUGUUUUUACGAGACAGCAAUAUUAAAGUACCUUCAAAAGGAAGUGAAGAUGAUGUUAUAGAUACAUUUGAGGAAGCGAUUAUAUCGAAAAAGUUAUCUACUACUACAGCAUCUAUUGAAUUAAAGUCGUUGGUUAUUUCAUCUAUUCCAUUGAUUGUGACGUUUCUUUUGCAAAAUUCGCUUUCGACAGUAUCCGUUUUUACUGUUGGACAUUUGGGUGCCGUGGAAUUAGCUGCUGUUUCAAUGGGUUCGAUGACUGCAAACAUUACUGGUUAUGCCACUAUUCAAGGUAUUGCAACUGCUUUGGAUACAUUAUGUCCUCAAGCCUUUGGAGCAAAGAAGUACCUGCUUGUUGGGGUCUACUUGCAAAAGUGUACAGCAUUAAUCUUUACUGUUAUGGCACCUGUAUUAGUCAUUUGGUUAUUUUUUGGAUAUGGGUUGAUCACCCUUAUUUUACCGGAUAAGGAGACUGCCAAAUAUGCUGCAGUCUAUUUGCAAUAUAUAGCUCCCGGUAUUCCAGCGUAUAUUCUAUUUGAAUGCGGUAAAAGAUUUUUACAAGCUCAAGGUAUUUAUCACAUUUCAACAGUGGUUUUGUUAUUUGCAGCCCCAUCGAAUUUGCUUAUGAAUUGGUUGUUCGUCAAACAUUUAGGGUAUAUUGGUGCUCCAAUUGCAGUGGCCAUUAACUAUUGGUUGAUGGCAAUUGGCUUAUUUGUUGCUGUUGUCUAUUUUGUUAAACCAGAAAGUACCCCUACUGGUUUGCAUCCGUUGGUUUGUUGGAGUGGACUUAAUAUUAGAGACUCUUUUAGAGCUUGGGAUAAGCUAAUUUAUUUAGCAAUACCUGGUUUGAUCAUGUUAGAAGCAGAGUUUCUUGCUUUUGAAAUAUUGACAUUAUUGGCAUCCUACUUGGGUACCGUUGCCUUAGCGGCACAGUCAAUUGGUACAACUAUGGCAUCACUUACGUAUCAAGUUCCUUUUGCGAUUGGUAUUGCCUCAUCCACUCGUAUUGCUAACUUUUUGGGCGCAGGAUUGAGUUCACCUGCCAAAACAGCUACACGGGUCUCUUUAUGUUUUGGUCUUGUCAUAUCUACGUUCAAUUUUUUGGUGUUAUUCUGCUUCCAAACUCAGAUUGCCGAAUUAUUUACUAAUGACAAGAAGGUGAUAAAGACUGUCGAAGGAGUUAUGUGGUUAAUUGCAUUAAUGCAGAUUUCUGAUGCAAUGAAUGCCAAUUCAGCAGGUUGUUUGAGGGGUCAGGGUCAAACAAAAAUUGGUGGUAUCGUCAACCUAGUAUCCUACUAUGUAGUAGGUUUGCCGCUAUCUAUCUACUUGACAUUUUACUCGAAUUUUGGGGGAACUUUGCAUGGCCUUUGGAUUGGAAGCACUGUAGCACUAACCAUAAUUGGUGUUGUCCAAAGUUAUUAUUCAUUGUUUGCUGAUUUUGAUAAGCUUUGCGCAGAAGCCAGGGAAAGAACUUCAGAUGAAGGCCCAGGUUUCGCCGUAUAG